CUAACCAAAAGAAGCUAGUACGUACAAGGACAUUCUCAAGCUCUAUUACUCCACUCAGAGCUCUGCAAGAAUCCUGUUGCAUGCCGAAUUCGUGGAACUGCCUACCACUAUUAUAUAUAGUGGAGAAGCUUUACCAUACGCGACAAGCCUAGAGUUAACCAGAGCUCGAAGCAUUUGACAAAAUUCUUCUGCAGUUUCUACUGACUUGCCAGUCAGUCUGCCUCGCUGUUCCGAUGUUUCUGUCCAUUGGCUUGCAAAAGGAUUUGGCUAGCCCGAUGCCAGUGCACUAGUUCUCGCAGUCAAGUCAAUCACAGAAGCACGUCCUUCAUUAUGCUGAAAUGUGUCAUCAGAGAGUCUUGCUUGCGCCGUGAACCAACACUGCAGGGAGCAGCCCGCAUUCUUGAAGCGUCCAGUCCGAAACUAGCCACCGCUCUCCUUCUUCGCGACUGCGGGAUCGAGCGAGUAAUUGCACUAUUGCUUCAAAGUAUGCUUUGGGAUCGGUAAGCAGGGACCAUUUUCUUUUUUGAAACAGCCAGAAGUAGCGUUUUGAGUAGAGUUUGUAAACUCCAAAAUGUAGAAUGGAGCCAUGCAAUGCUAUUCUUCAUGUUGCGAUAUUUGUACUCCCGGUGAGCUUUUUAGGCUCAAAGUGGUACGCUUAUGCCUAAUGAUCUACUUAGUUGUGUUUCAGCGAUGGAGGGAGUGAACUAACACUUGAUCCCCAGUCUAUUCGUUCUUUACAUUUCUCAAGAGAGAAGUGGUGGUCCGCUGGCCAUUGAAAAUCUCCUGGGGAAUACAUAUCCAGUCUCACCAAAUAUAUCGAGGCCCGAUUGGUUUCAUAACCUCUUUCGCUCGAUUAAGAACAAAUCCGGUAGUUUUUGGGACGCUCCAAAGAAGGUCAUCUGGUAUUUCUUCGUCUGGUUGUGGUAUCUCGAGGUUUGCGACAUAAUCCCAGUUAUAGGAGACAAUGCCAUAGACUUCCGGCCCAAUGGUGCUGGCAAUAUCCAUACACCGUUCAAGCUUCCAAUUGAGGAGGUCAAGAAUCCAUCGAGGUCAUUUGAGCCGUUUAGAGGAAUAGUUCAUCUCUCCUACCUGGAUCCAUCUUGAAAGUGUGGAGCUGAUCAUGAUUGAUAGGAGCAAGUGUUGAAAGUUGUUUGGGCUUUGCAGGCAAUGUUUCUCCAAAGUAGUAAUUUUUAUGAAGGUAAAAAGAAAAUAAUUAUCAGCUAGUAGCUCCAGAGAAAGAGAGAUAUUCCCCUUUGUCGCUCUGAAAGUACCACCGACUCUGAUCAUUCUCCUGAUAUUUCCAUCCUCACGUGAUUACUAUCAUACACGUUGUAACCACUUUGAUGCGCAUAUCUUCUACUCUAUAACAUUAAGAUCAAGGUCACUCGACGCAUCGUGUUGUACUGUAUUUUAGUCGCCAGAGGUGCAGCUUACAUUUGAUGCAAGUU